AUGAACGACUUUAUGGAAUAUUGCUUAAAACGAUUUUAUCGUGCGUCUGGAUGGAAUGAAGAUAAUCAAUACUCUAAUUUAUGUUCAUGGUCUCAUGCUAUUCUUGAUUUUCAUACUCCAAAGGGACUUUCCCUCGUCAUUUCGAAAUUACCAACCCCUCAAUUCAAACCUUCAUAUACUUUAAAUGCCUUACCCACUUUGAAUGGCAGUUUAGGAUAUCUCUAUACUUCAAGACCAUUAGAUAUUGAAACAAGUGCAACUGUAGACUUUCAAGAGUUGAUUGAUCGAUUUAGAAUCGUUGUUAAGGAGCCUGCAAAUGUAAAAGUAACUACAGACUAUCGUCAGAACCCCGACUAUUUAUUAUAUGGACGUAUGUUCUUUCCAGGUGCUCGUUUAGAGGCAAUGUAUAUACGUCGUAUUUCAGAACACCUUCAAUGUUCAGUUACUGCUGUUAAUAACCCAAAAACAAAUAUAUCUCCGCAGGUGGCAAUGCAGUUACAAUAUGAUGUUGAUCAAUGGUGUUCAGAAUGCUCAUAUACGUCAGAUGAUGGAUUAUUAGGCAUACGGGCAUUAUAUAAUUUUGGUCAGUCUGUUUCUUCAGGACAAUGGUCUAUGGGGACAGAAAUGUAUUAUGGUAUACUUGAUAAAAGUGGAGGAUUAUCUAUGGGCAUUCGAUAUCGUACUUUACCAACAUCAAAUACAUCACCUAUUAGUUUUACAUAUACAUUAAACCCAAUUGUAGGCCAUAUGUCAACAAGUUAUACAGCUAAAGUAUCAGAUCAACUUGUCAUGGGCUCAAAAUAUGAUUUUAGUAUAUAUUCUUAUGAAAGUGAUUUAGUACUUGGAUUUGAAUAUCGUACAAAGAAAAAGUCACCAACAAUAGAAACAAAUGUGAAUAAAGAAGAGGGUGUGAUUACUUUAACAGCAGAUCAUACAGAGAAAUUAGAAGGACUCAUAAAAUCGAGUUGGAGCUUCACAAAGGGACUCGCUCUCAUGUGGGAAGGAAGAUUUAAAAAUACAAUAUUUAGUUUAGGAUUAACAGCAGAUCUAAGGAAUACAAACCCUAUUCGUACUAUAGGAGUAGAAGUUCAAUACUUUUCAUAA